AUUUGUUAUAGAUUACGUUUAUUUUUGGAGUUUGAACACCCAAUUGUUAAUAGAUAAUCCCCAGUGUACACUUGCACUUUGGUUCCCCAAACACAAGGAACAGACCAUCCAGAGACUGAUGUCUGUUGGUUGAACAUCAACUAAGACAACAUCAUGGAGCUUGCUGUGUAUUCCCUUCUGAUCUGUGCAUCCUUGAUCAUGCCUUCCCUCCAAUCUCCAGAACACCAUGCUCCUAACGUCACUGAUCUCACAUUUAAAAACAUGGACUUUGCCAUGAACCUUUAUCUUAAUAUAGCAAGCCGUCAUGAUGAAAACAUUUUCUUCUCACCACUGAGUGUUUCUACAUCAUUUGCUGCACUUUCUUUGGCUGCCAGGAACUCCACUCGCAGUGAAAUCCUGUCAGGACUGAAUCUCGAGACGUUGGAACAGGCUGGACAGCUGGACCUCAUCCCACAGCUCUUCCAGCACCUGCAGGAGAACAUCAGCCAAGCUGGAGCACUGAAGCUAGAACAGGGAACAGCACUCUUUGUGGACCUGCAUUUUCAAAUAGAGAAAGCUUUUGGUGAUCAGAUCAAGUUAUUCUUCAAUGCUGAUAUUGAGAAUGUGGACUUUAAAAAAACUGAAAAAAGUAAGGAGAUCAUUAAUAAGCAUGUGAGGGAGAAAACCGGUGGUAAAGUGAAGGAGAUGGUGACGAAAAUUGAUCCUUUCACUAGGAUGAUGCUGAUAAAUACUAUUUUCUUUCAGGGUGCCUGGACGUAUCCUUUUAAUCCGAACAGCACUGAAAAUGGCCGCUUUUAUGUAGACAAGUACAACAUUGUCCAGGUUCCCAUGAUGUUUAUUUUGGACAAAUUCUAUGUUGCCAAUGAUGAUGAACUUAGGGCAAAAGUGUUGCGUCUCCCUUAUUUGGGUGGUGCAGCUAUGCUCAUAGUCCUACCUGACCUCCAUGUUGAUUACACUACAAUAGAUGAUGAGAUAAAUGCAGACAGAUUUCUUAGCUGGAUCAAGAAUUUGAAGCAGAAGAAACUGGAAGUCUCUCUGCCAAAAUUUACAAUGGAACAGUCCUAUGCUCUACACACCAUUCUUCCAGCACUGGGCAUUCAAAAUGUCUUCAAGGAUACUGCUAACUUCAAAGGCAUAAGCCAGGAGCCUGGUCUGAAGGUCUCCCAGGUUCUGCACAAAGCAGUGAUUGAGGUGGAUGAGAAAGGCACCACAGCAGUAGCAGCCACAAGUGUGGGCAUCACACCAUACUCCAUGCCAGAAUCCUUCACCGUGAACAGGCCUUUCUUCUUUUUUAUUUACCAUGAAGCAACCAACAGUCUGUUGUUUAUGGGCAGGGUAAUUGACCCAUCUAAAAAAUAAACCAUUUAUACUGUCAGUCAAA